CGAUGGCGCCGACAAGACCAAAAAAGAAGUCGACCAAAGACAAGGCAAGGGACAGACUCCGAGCCAAAGCCGCCGCCGCGCAAUCCUCAAAUGUCAACCCCAGAGAGCUUCUCGUGCAAGCCGUCGGCAUGCUCGAGGUCGGCGAUGCGGAGGGCGCCGCCAAAGUCGCCAGGACAGCGUAUGAUCACAUCGGAGACAACGGACGACAGGCUGGCGCCGCGCUGUCCCUUCUGGGUCAAAUACAUGUCGAGUUGGGAGAGGUUGACAGUGCUCGCCAGUUCUUCCUGUCUGCCGUCAAGCGUUGGCUGGUUCGAGCGUGGUGCGGCCGCACUGCGUGCCCAGAUUCAGACACUUACCGACGCACUAGAGUCACGGCCCCUUACCCGCGACGAACAGGAAGCUGCCAUCAACGAGAAACGAAGAAAGCUGGCAGAUACACUCUGCGCCGUUGCCGAGGUCUACAUGACAGAUCUCAGCUGGGAGGACGAUGCUGAGAGUCGGUGCGAGGCGCUGAUUACCGAGGCUAUUAUGCUGGCCCCUGAACAGCCAGAUACCUGGCAAACUGUUGCAAACGUACGAAUCUCACAGUCACGAACCGAAGAAGCGAAAGAGGCCUUGAAAAGAAGCUUGGGACUGUGGACAGAUCUGCCGCCUGAAGACCCUGGGGUUCCUGCGUUUCCAUCACGUGUCAGUCUGGUUCGGUUGCUGAUAGAGGUUGGGCUGGAGGAGCAAGCGAUUGAAGUUGCCGGACGUCUUGUUGACGAGGACGAUCUCAGUGUGGAAGCCUGGUACCUUGGUGGCUAUGGGAAAUACAUGCUGGGCCAGAAGUUGAAGGAGGUGGGGCAGACUGGCGAUGCUGACAAGUGGAAAAGCGUGUGGCGUUCUUCGCGGAAAUGGCUUAUUCAGUGCAUGAGGAUUUUCGAGGCCGAGGAGUAUGAGGACGAAAGGUUAGGGGAACAUGCACGGGAAUUGAUGGGCGUUAUUAGAGACGAGCUUGGCGAGGCUUUGGGGGAUGAUCUGGAUGAGGAUGUUUGGGAAGACACCGAUGAUGAGGCCGAUGUGGACACAGAUAUGCAAUAG